AUGUUAUGCGCCUCUGCUACUAACCUUAAAAUCGCCGAGCGUGAGCCCAUCGUCCAAUGCGUACAGAUCAAGCCGCUUCCUCCUCAACCAAAUGGUCAGGAACGAUACAGGGCUGUAUUCAGUGACAUUUACAACUAUGUCCAGACCAUGCUUGCUACUCAAGCCAAUCAUUUUGUGACAGAUGGGAUUCUUCGGAAGGGAUGUUUUGUUCGACUCAAAUCUUUCCAAGCAAACGCAGUCAAGGGGAAAAAAAUUCUCAUAGUUCUUGACCUCGAGGUUCUUACGGAACUAGGGGAGUGUGAGAAAAUCGGUGACCCAAAGCCACUGGAAUCCAAGGCAGAGGACGAUGAAAAGAACCAGCCGACUACGAUCUCUACUAAUGGAUUCUAUGGUACAAAAGCCCAAAAUACACGCGCACAGGGUAGCAUUCGACCAGAACAAGCACGGCCGUUGUCGACUUCGGCUCACGCUACGAUAUAUCCAAUUGAGGCCAUCUCUCCGUACUCCCAUAAAUGGACCAUCAAGGCACGAUGCACCAGCAAGUCGAAUAUUAAAACAUGGCAUCACAGUAAUUCGGAAGGAAAACUUUUCAGCGUCAAUCUUCUGGAUGAUAGUGGCGAGAUCCGCGCUACUGCAUUCAACGAGCAAUGUGACAUGCUUUAUGAUCUCUUCCAGGAAGGCUCCGUAUACUAUAUAUCGAGCCCUUGCCGUGUUCAGAUUGCCAAAAAGCAGUUUUCAAAUCUCAGCAACGACUACGAACUGACCUUUGAGAAAGACACAAUCGUGGAGAAGGCAGAGGAUCAACACGAUGUUCCUCAGAUUCGAUUUAACUUCACUAGCAUCGGCGACUUGCAGUCUGUUGAAAAGGACACCACAAUUGAUGUGAUUGGAAUACUGAAAGAUGUUGGGGAAACAACUCAGAUUACUUCGAAGACCACUAACAAGCCCUAUGAAAAACGUGAGCUCACUUUAGUCGACAACACGGGAUUCUCUGUUCGCUUGACGGUUUGGGGUUCUACGGCCACAAAUUUCAACGUCAUGCCUGAGUCAGUAGUCGCAUUCAAGGGCGUUAAAGUGUCUGAUUUUGGAGGGAGAAGCUUGAGUUUGCUGAGCUCAGGCACAAUGACAGUGGAUCCGGACAUCGAAGAAGCGCAUAAGCUUAAAGGAUGGUAUGACGCACAAGGCCGCUCUGACACCUUCACCUCCUAUGCUUCAAUGUCAAGCGCAUCGACGACUGGCAAUGGGAGACUUGACCAGUAUAAGACCAUAGCACAAAUUCGAGAGGAACAGUUAGGCAUGUCUGAAGAUGCAGACUUCUUUUCCCUUAAGGCGACUAUCAUUUACAUCAAACAGGAUAACGUGAGCUAUCCCGCGUGCCCCUCUCAAGGUUGCAACAAGAAAGUCACCGAGCUUGACCCUGGUCAGUGGCGCUGCGAACGAUGCGAUAAGACAUAUCCCAGACCAGAAUACCGCUACAUAAUGCUCAUUAAUGUCAGCGAUCACACCGGACAGCUCUGGCUGAGCUGUUUUGAUGAAGUUGGGAGACUCGUGAUGGGUACUACUGCCGACCAUCUCAUGGAAAUCAAAGCAGAGGAUGAGAAGGCUGCUGGUGAGAUUUUCCAGGAAGCGCACUGUCGCAUGUGGAACUUCCGGUGUAAAGCAAAAACAGACCAUUUCGGUGACCAACAGCGUGUUCGGUACCAGGUCUCAUCUGCCAAGCCCAUCGGCUAUUCAGAAGAGGCCUCGCGUCUCGCAGACUUGAUCAGAUCCUACAAUAUUGAGUGA